UUUGAGACGAUAAGGCGGGCAUUUUUGAAACGCUGCUAGAGAGCUGAUAUUUGCCUGCUGCUAGAAACCGCUUAAGUUGAGUUUAAACGGCUUCUCGAGGUCUAAUGUUUAUUCGUGCAUUUGCGAUUUGAGUACACUUAACUUACCUAAGCUAACUAGUUAGCUACCGUUGCUUUAUAAAAUGAGCGGCAGGACACCGAGGACACCGCGACCAGCGUCGACUGGACAGACGAGCAAAAACAACAGCCAGAGCAGACCUACAGAUGCAGGCAGUCUGCCGCGAAGGAGAUCUGCGAGAUUGUCAACGAAUGAGGAGAACUUGCCACCCAAAGUUGAGGCUCCACAUGUGGCUGUUAAACGGUCCAUUACUGUAAGGAAAAUUGCCCCAAGGAAAACCCAGGUAUCUUCAGAGCCUAACAAGGAAAAUGUAGAAAGACCAUCCAGUGCCACUAGAAAGAGGUCCCAAGUCUCGAGUCCUCCCCAAACAGAGACAUCGGCUCCCAAGCCUACUGUCCUGUCCCCCAUCCAGGCAUCUUCAACGCCCCCUCACCAACCUAGAGAACCGGAGCAAGACCCUGUGUGGUCCAACAAGGUCCGUCGGUCCUACAGCCGCUUGAGUAUGGGUGACCGAUCCUUUGAGAGUCCGAAACCGCAAUCUGCCUCGUCUCCCACGCGCCGUGAAACGCUGUUUGGAUUUGAGAGGCUCCAGACCCCUGAGGUGAUCCGUAAGGCUGAUGUGUCGAGGGGCGCGCUCCAGGCAUCAUCCUUGCUCUGUGGAGGAUCUUUCAACCUCUCAGCAGCUGACGACAUUGUGUCCAACGCCUCAGAACCUGACUUGAACAUUCCUGGAGUUUGCGUCAUGAAGAAAAACCCUCGGAGGAAGAGGGUCCAACAAAUAAAGAUGUCCGAGCUGGACCUUCUAGCUGCUAAAAUGAAUGCUGAGUUUGACGAGGCUGAGAGUUUCGAGUUGGUGGUAGAAUGAAGUCGUGUUGCAGCUUUUAGAGACAGUUAAGUCCACUGGAAAAAAAGAAAAUCAAGAACAGAGGGAACUGAGGGAGCUGAAACAGGAUUCUGUACUCAUGUCACAUAUAAAGACCGAGCCGCUUAUCUGUUGAUGUAAAUGUCUGGCAAGAUGUAACAUACCAUUAGACUUGAGGUUAAAUUUGGUCUUUAUUGUAUAUUUACCAUUUGUCUGUCAUUAGGUCAGGGCUGAAUGGUUGAAUUAAAAACUGUACUGAAAGUUCCAUUUUCAUUUGUGCUUAUUAUACUUGCCAUAUACCAAUGAAAUGGAAGGUGUUGAUAUGUGGUCACUAUUUUAAUAGAAUAGUGUUGCCGCAGUCUUUUUUUUUCUGACAAAGAUUCAUCAUUUAUAUUUGUUUACAUUUAUCUACAUUUAUUGGUUUAAGUGUCUGUAUUUUUUCUGUGUUCUUUCUGCUUUUUCUGCUCUAAAAUGUUAUUAUUCUGUAGUAUAUUUAGUUAAGUUUAUUCAUGGCAUCUAGGACACACAGAGUGAACCCCAGUUAUUAAUGUUUGACCCUUUUCAAUAUUUUAUGCUGUAUUAUGUAUUGUAACGAGUAAAACAGUCAACUGACCAACUAAUA